CUUAAAUUUUUGUCUCUCUUGGCAGGCCACCAUUUCAAAGCUCACAAGGCUGUUCUUGCUGCCUGUAGCCAGUUCUUCUACAGAUUCUUCCAAGAUUUCACUCAGGAGCCCUUGGUGGAAAUUGAAGGUGUAAGUAACAUGGCAUUUCGUCACCUAAUAGAAUUCACCUAUACAGCAAAACUAAUGGUCCAAGGUGAGGAAGAAGCAAAUGAUGUUUGGAAAGCAGCUGAAUAUCUACAGAUGUUAGAAGCAAUUAAAGCUCUUGAAAUCAGAAACAAAGAAAAUUCAUCAGCCUUAGAAUCAAAUCAAACAGAAGGUAAAACUAAACUGAAAAAGAGGAAGAUAGCCGAAACAUCUAAUGUUAUCACAGAAUCACUGCCAUCUGCAGAAUCAGAGCCUGUUGAAAUUGAAGUUGAGAUUGCUGAGGGAACAAUUGAAGUGGAAGAAGACAGCAUUGAGACACUUGAGGAAGUAGCUUCUGCAGAGCAGUCCAUAAAGUACAUACAGACAACGGGUACAUCCGAUGAAUCUGCUUUGGCUCUUCUGGCAGAUAUCACUAGCAAGUAUCGUCAGGGAGAGCGAAAAUGCCAGAUCCAAGAAAAAGUUGACAGUGCAGCUGAUCCUUCAUGCAAACAGGUAGAAGGUAUUGAAAUUGUGGAACUUCAACUGUCACACAUGAACAAUUUAUUCCACUGUGAGAAAUGUAACCGUUCAUUUAAAUUGUUUUACCAUUUUAAGGAACACAUGAAAACACACUCUACUGAGAGUUACAAGUGUGACAUAUGCAAUAAAAGGUACCUACGAGAGAAUGCUCUGAAACAGCACCUCACCUGUUACCACCUUGAUGAAGGUGGUGCCCCUAAGAAGCAAAGACCUGGCAAAAAAAUACAUAUAUGCCAGUACUGUGAUAAGCAAUUUGACCACUUUGGGCAUUUUAAAGAGCACCUCCGGAAACACACAGGUAAGAGCACUGCUGAAGUCAUGUACUUGUGGCUUCAGCUCUGGCAUUUUGGGUUUUUGCAUAUUUUGAGGAAGCAGAGCAUAUGAUGAAGAGGGGAUGUGAGUGCUAGAAAUACUGGGCUUCUAGUUAACACUGUAAUCGAAGAAUUGUAGAAUUUUAUUUAUGAUUCUGUGCUGAUGGUUUUUCCUGUUGAUAUACACUGAGGAAUUGAGAUUUUUUUAAUUAUUAAAAAUACACACCUAAAGCAGAAAGACCUAAUGAAGCUCCUUGUGUGUAUUAAAAACUGUUAUUCAUGAUUUUGUGAGGCAUGUUUACUUCUUUAAAAGUACUAAACUGAGUAUCUACUUCUAUUUUUACAAUUCUACUGAUUCUUCCGCUCGAACAGUAUCUGAACUUCAAGCAUGUCAGUGUGAAAUGUCCUCCCAUUACAGUAUUGUCCUUGUUUUUGUCAUCUGCAAUUAGAUUUUAUUUGUUAAUUAACAGCAAAACAUUUCUACUGACUGCAGUAGACUUUUGUUAUUGUAAAGUCUGCCUUUUUGAAGUACUGACAGAGUCAUCUCCAGAAUUCAUAAAACAGAGAUUUUUUUGGUGUGGCAUAAUGAUUAUCUCUUUUUCCUCCCUCCAUGAAAAUGAAUGAUAUUUCAUGAUAUUUCGCUUCCCAGUCAGAAAUAACACAGGACAGAAAUUCUGCAAAGAUGCACAUACAUGGUGCGUAUCAGUUGAAGUCAGUAACAGUAAUUUGACUUUCACAAGAAGAGCAAUUUCUUCAUACAGAAGUCAAUCCUAGAUGGACGCUGCUUCUCUCAAUGUGCUUGUCUAAUCCUGGUAUUUUGCAAAGCUUAAAUCCCCUAGCUAAAAGAGAUGGAAGAGCUUUGAUUUGCUCUGAUUUUACUGAGAAUUCUGUCUGCUGAAUAUUUCUCAAAGUUAAGCACUUGGUUUUUAUAG